CUCUGUCAGACCGCAGUACGAAUCUCGUCGUAGAACUGGACACACACUGCUGCUGAAAGUCGCAUUUCUUUCUCUUGUAGUGAAUUUAACUUUAGGACGCGCCAAGGACUACUGUCUGGUAUUGGAUAUUUUUGCCUAUCCUUAGUUAUGUCUCUGACUUCACGAAUUAUUCCCGACGAGUCAGUUUUUUCUGACUUUAAAAGGCAGUGUAUGUCGACCGACAACUGGCAAAAUAAAUACAGUAAGACCGGUAUGGAGGUGUGGGUAGAAGUGCCGCCCUUAUCGUGCACGCAGGGGCACAAAAGCAGCGUCUCUAAGGUGCACAAAAUAAAGUGUAGAAUCACCAUAAAUGAUGUCUCAGCUGCCACAAUGUAUGAUGUGCUUCAUGAUAACAAGUACCGGAAAACAUGGGACCCCGCUAUGCUGGAGAGUUUUGAAAUAGCGCGCCUUGGCCCCAAUGUUGACGUGGGCUAUUACUCAUGGUUGUGUCCUAAGCCGCUGAAAAACAGAGACGUGGUUACCCUACGUUCUUGGGAGGCAUCUGAAGAUGAAUACGUCAUUGUUAACUACUCUGUCAAGCAUCCAAAAUACCCUCCACGUAAAGGUCUUGUAAGAGCAGUCUCCAUUCUGACGGGUUAUUUGGUGAAACCAACAGGACCAAACAGUUGUCUUUUCACAUACCUCUCACAAGCUGAUCCUAGAGGCUCUCUUCCCAAGUGGGCAGUCAACGCAGGAUCUCAGAUCCUGGCUCCCAAAGUUAUGAGAAGCGUGUACAAGGCAGGUCAGAACUAUUUGGCAUGGAAGGCCCAGCACUCCCCAGAAUACAAACCCUGGCUCUACCCCAUCCAAAGUCAGCUUCCCAUGAUGGACCCAGCAGAGCUGGCGAUCCAGCGCGGAGACUCACUGGAGAAUGUGGACGAAAGCUCGGCCCAGCAGGUACAGGACCUCGAGGACAGUAGCUGAGGAAUAACGGCAGGAGAACAAAAGAGAAACGGAUGCUUGCCUUCUCAUUUAGGCACUACUCCAGCCAUGCAGUCUGUGCUGCUAAUGUCUUCAUCUCCUGUUGCUCUAACAGAGGUGUUGUGCCACAGACCACAGUGGCUAAUUACAGAAGUGUCUCAUAUGUUUACAACUUUCUGUUUAUAAUCGUAAACCCAGAAUUGCAUCUGAGAAUUUUCUUAUAAGCAUGCACAAUUAAUUUAUUUACUUUCCACUUGGAGUUUAAAAAAGUGGCCAACAUUGCCAAACCUUAUGAUUGUA